CCUGGCCUGAAUGCUCCACCAGCCACAGUGAGCACAGCUGGAUCUGCCGACUGCACGCACAGGAGUCUGAGAGGCUGCUCCGGCCUUGAAAAUGAUCCUUCUUAAAAAGAUUUGCCUCCUUCCUCAAAGGAAAGAAAACCUAUUGAUAUAAAAGCUCACUUCCCUUCCGGCUUCCCCUGCUAAAUGCUACUCCAGUAGAGACCAAGUGCUGAUGAAUACAGGGGAAAGAAAAAAAUCAACUCUGUCCUCUGCUGCAGCUGAUGCACCCCGGCCACUUCCUGCGAUCGGCUUGUUCACAAUCAAGGGACACAGGUGCAGCAGAUGCUGACUCCGCCCGUGCCAUUAAGAUUUACAAAGCGAGAAGAAAUUAGGAAGCUAUGGGUAGGGCACGCAAGCCUCUAAGUGGGCAGCACAGGCAUUGUGAGAAAUGCUUCGACCGUCACUGCCACAUUCCUGUGGAGCCUAAUGUCUCCUGUCUGGUGAUAAACUGCCACCUGUCCUGUGGUGCUACCUUCCACAUGUGCAAAGAGGCAGAGCAUGAGCUCCUCUGCCCUCUGGAGCAGGUUCCAUGCCUCAACUCUGAAUAUGGCUGCCCCCUUUCCAUGCCCCGCCACAAGCUGGCCAAGCACUUGCAAGUGUGCCCUGCCAGUGUGGUCUGCUGCUCCAUGGAGUGGAAUCGCUGGCCAAACGUGGACUCUGAAACUACCCUUCAUGAGAACAUCAUGAAAGAGACCCCCAGUGAGGAGUGUUUGGACACAGCCCUGGCCCUCCAGGACCAGAAGGUCCUUUUCAGAUCUUUAAAAAUGGUAGAACUUUUCCCAGAAACUAGAGAGCCCACUCGGGAGGAAACUACCAUGAAUGGUGAAGCCACUUGGGAGGAAAUGGGAGGAGCAGUGGGUGGAGUGGAUGCCAGUUUGGUACCACAUGGGUCUCUGUCAGCAGCUAAUGGAGAAAUGGUAGAGCUGAGUCAAGAAGAACGAGAGGCAUUAGCCAAAACCAAAGAAGGGAUGGACCUGGCCAAGUAUGACAAGUGGGAAAAUAUAUUCAGCAAAGAGCAUGCAGCCUCUGCUUUAACAAGUACAUCAGUGAACUGUGACAACAAUAGCAGGAACAACCCUGGAAAAGAACAGGUUUCCAGUGACAAUAACAUGGUAAGGGAGGAUGAUCUCCAAGAGAAAGAGAAAGAACCACAGGAAAAACAGAAGCAGCAGGACUUUAAUGCAGUCGUGGAAAAGACAGGGCUUGCCCCUUGGCAGGAUGGUGUUCUGGAAAGACUGAAAACAGCUGUGGAUGCAAAGGACUAUAAUAUGUAUCUGGUGCACAAUGGGAGGAUGCUUAUUCACUUUGGUCAGAUGGCUGCUUGUACACCCAGGGAGAGAGACUUUGUUUAUGGCAAACUUGAGGCUCAGGAAGUAAAGACUGUUUACACCUUCAAAGUUCCUGUGAGCUACUGUGGGAAGCGGGCUCGCAUUGGAGAUGCCAUGUUGAGUUGUAAGCCAAGUGAACACAAGGCAGUAGAUACUUCAGAUUUAGGGAUCACUGUGGAGGACCUGCCCAAAUCAGAUCUCAUCAAAACCACCCUCCUGUGUGCUUUAGAAAGAGAACUUAAAGGUCAUGUCAUCUCCGAAUCUAGGAGCAUUGAUGGGCUGUUUAUGGAUUUUGCUACACAGACAUACAAUUUUGAGCCAGAACAGUUUUCUUCUGGGACAGUGCUGGCUGACCUCCUAACCACUGACAACCCAGGGGGGCUCCAUGUGGAACUCCACAGUGAGUGUGUGACCCGGAGACAUAACAAAAGCAGCUCUGCCUUCACUUUCACUUGCAACAAAUUCUUCAGGAGGGAUGAAUUUCCCUUACAUUUCAAGAAUGUCCACACAGACAUUCAAUCAUGUCUCAAUGGCUGGUUCCAGCAUCGAUGCCCUCUCGCCUACUUGGGAUGUACUUUUAUUCAAAACCAUUUCCGUCCCCCAGGACAAAAGGCAAAAGUGAUUUAUAGUCAGGAGCUCAAGACCUUUGCCAUCAAGCCAGAGGUUGCUUCAGAGCUGGGUGAGAGAAAGAAGAACAACCAUCUCUCAGGCCGUGGAGCAAAAAGCCAGAAUUCUCUAACCAGCCUGCCCCUGGAGGUUUUGCAGUACAUUGCUGGGUUCUUGGACAGCAUCAGCCUGUCCCAGCUUUCCCAGGUAUCUGUGCUGAUGAGAAAUAUCUGUGCUACUUUGUUACAAGAGAGAGGGAUGGUCCUCCUACAGUGGAAGAAGAAGAGGUAUUCUCAUGGAGGCACUUCCUGGAGAGUCCACAGAGAGAUCUGGCAAUUCAGCAGCCUUUUCUCCAAAGUCAAGAGCUGGGAGUUUAAUGAAGUUGCUUCCAUGUCUGAACACCUGAAGGCCUGUCCUUUCAACAUUGUAGAGCAUAAGACUGACCCAGUUCUUCUGACCAGCAUGUGUCAGCUCCAGGAGCAGCCCCGAGAAACCUUAGUCACCACCUUUAGAACCAGACCACGAGGAAGACACACUUGCUAAAGAUUCAGAUGCCACCAUUCUUGGAUUUGCCCUCCGAGUUACUGAAAGUAGGACAGAGUGUGGUUUUGAGGACUUUCUUCUGUAAACUGCAUAUGUGCUUUUCUAGGUAUAUGGAGCAUGCACUGUCCUAAACCUGAGCAGUUGCACAGGAUCUAAGAAUUUUCUAAGCCAUGGUUUGUACACUUGCCAUUAAGUGCCAUACUGAUUACUUAUUUCCUUCUCCCCACCCCCUUUUUUUCCUAAAACCAAUCAGUCUGAGGAGAAAAAAUAGGUAACUUGAGGCCAUUUAAAAAAUGAGCCCAAGUCUUAGGAGAUGAGAGAGCACUGAAAUUCCAUAACCAGUACAGACCUGUGUUUUUGUGGAGAAUGUUUUAAUUGAUGAGCACUUUCAAAUUUAUGGGGCAAGCAACGCAGGAUUGGGUCAGAGGUGUGUUCCACCUCUCGUGAAGGGCACGUGGUUUGAUGGUUCUGGAGCUGGGGUUGUCUUGAUGGUUAAGUCUAGGUCUUCUUUUAGUCGCUCCUGCAAACCCAGGAAGUCCAAGCAUAGCUCAAUGAAAUGGAGACCUUGACCGAGUACAGCAGCCUUGAGGACAACACAGGCCAAAGAAUGAGAGGCAGAAAUGAGAUCACAGAGUUUUUUGUGGAAAAUCUUAGCAACAUACAGAAGGACAGCCUUGCAAAAUGAGGAAAAGUCCAAAAGGGCAUUGUAUUAAUGGAGAAAAUUAGCACCAAAAGCCACACGCCUACUUUUAAACAUGUCAAAAACGACUUGAGUCCAGAUUCUUUUCUUCUUAAAAUUAUAUUCUAGGUCUGGGUUAGGGAUAGCAGAGGCAUAGCCCAGCACCAUCCUGGGCUAGCUGAGAUGACCUCAAGACAUUAACACCAAUUUCAGUGUCAUGCCAGAAUGCACAGGGUAGUCCAGAGAGACCACACAUUGGCAGAAUCCAGACAAGGCCCACUGCAGUUCCUGUGGCCCACCAGGUCUUAGAUACCACUCGAGUACCCUGUGAGGGAUCAUAGGAAGGAACACACCUGAACAUAGUAGUUCCCAUAGAACAUAAUUGCUCCUCCCUAUUGUGGUUCAUGACUCCAGUCUGUCAGAAAUUGGUGAUACUGUUGGGCUUUGGUAACAAAUAGUGAAUACUCAUGAAAAUGGGAGUAAAAUAAAAAUACACAAUAGACACUGCCAUCCCCUAAAGCAGGGUUUCUCAGAACUAUUGACAUUUUGAACUGAACAAUUCUUUGUUGUAAGGGACUAUCCUGUGUGUUAUCAGAUAUUUAGCAGCAGCCUUGGCCCCUAUGCAGUAGAUACCAGUAGCCCUCCACCCCCACAGCUGUAACAACCAAAAAUGUCUCCAGACAUUGCUAAAUAUCCUCUGGGAGUAAAAUCUCUCUGGGUUGAGAACCGCCAUAAGCAAUAUCAUACCAGUGGCAGUAACUUAGGAUAAGUUUUUUAGUACGGCAAAAUCUUACAUAAGUAUCUACAAUGGUUAUGAUUUUAUGUAGCUCUUCUUUAUUUACUAGAUAAGUCUUAGAUGUGAUUUUAAGUUGGGAACCAGAUGGAGCUGAUUGUUCAGUGUGGCUUUAUGUCCUUAGGUCAUGUGCAAAGAAAUAUAUCCUUUCAGUUCAGCUCUCGCCAGAUGUAGCAGAAGCCAGCAUGUUGAGCUACUUAUCUUGUGUUUCUUUCCCUCUUACCUUAAUUGGUGCCAUUUUCCCAGCAGUCUUCAAACAAGUGAGAAAAAGGAAAAGGAGGACAUGUAUCAUGGGGAAGCAGAGAACAAAGAAUUUAGCCAACAAAAAGAGUUUAGUCGAUCUGAAUACUUGUUAUUGCCUGGGUCUCUCUCUGAACAUGGUUCAGAGCUGGUACAGAUGAAGUAGAGGACACCGGUGAGAAGAGUCAGAAGGCGUUAAAGCAAGUCCCAGAGUAGAAGCAUGCUUAUCUUUUCAUUAUAAUGUGCCACUUGGUACUAUUUGGUAAUGUAAUUCUAUUUUUCAUAAUCCUUUUUGCUUGGUUUAUAUUUCACAUUUGUAUAUAAGGCACCAUUUUCUAAAAAUACAGCGAGAGUGUGAGCUAUGACUUUAUUCAGUGAAGAUGAGUAACUGGAAACAGCUGAGCACCAAAGUGGAAAAAAAGGAAGAGUUCCCCAGGUCUCAGCUCCAUGUGUUUUGAAUCCAGUCCCCUCCUAUCUAGAGAAAGAAAGCUCCUAAAGUCCAUUCUGGGUGUCUUCUUUUAUUAGAAAAAGAGAUAAAGUGUAGCUAUUCACCAAGGGAGAGAAAAAUCAGGGGCUGCUGUUAGAUGAAAAAUGGAGAGAAAGGAGGAGAGCAGAGGGAUCUUCCUUCACACCUGGGCACCUCAGGGUCCAGGAGAGCAGCCAGGAGCCUGCCCAUACGGCUUUGUGGGCUGCACACUUACAGUUACUCUUUAUUUUCCCAGUUACUGCCUUCAGAGCAAAAUUAAAUUGAUUAGCAUCAUCAAACACAUUUUAUAAGAUAUCUAGUUGUAUAUGUUGCAGGAAUCCAGGGUACUACAGGUAUCCACCAGUCUACACAAACAAGCACAUUUUAUGGUGAGAUGUCAGCUGAAGCAAAAAGGAAGCCUUUCAGAGAGGCUGUGGAUUGGACUGAAAAAUGACUAGAUUCAUGAGAUGAGGGUAUGUUGAGUAGGAUGAGCAGCAGAAUUAUCUGACAGAGGCAAGACAGAUGGACGUUGCUUCAGAUGAAGAAGCAGCAGAGGGGAGUGAAAAGGAAUAGGAGUAGGAGUCUGGACAGGGAGGUAUCUAUGAACAGAUACCUUGAUGAGUUAAUCUAUCUGAAGUAGAGACCAGCCAAACAUGGAGGGUGAAGUCUGCAGAACUGAAGCAGAAAGGAAGUUUCUGUCUUAUAAUGAAGGGAAAAGUGAAAAGCAAGGUGGAACUUGAAGAUGGAACAGGAAAACCACUGUGAAAGUCUGAUCUAUCUGUGAUAUUGAGUCAAACUGAAGUGAAGAAUGAGAUUGUGUACAUCUGUGGUGACUUACCUCUGUGUGCUGGAAAUCCCACUGUCUCUAGAAGUGGCAAUAAAAGCUGUUUUGCACUCUGGAAA